UCUACCGAUGUGCGAUCGAAUUUUAUCAGCGCCGGUAGCCGGCAAAUCAAAACAUUCAGCAGAUUGAGUAACCGGGUUGCGUGCGCCUCCCGACCGCAGUUGUUUACAGGACCAGCCGAGGAACAUGAAGAGUUUCAUCAGCCUCACCACGUUUUGUUAUCAACGGGCAGGGCCCUUGGUGGUAGCAUAUCGAGCGAUUGGUACAAUAUCGAAAGGAGUCGGCAAAUAUGCGGCAUCGCCAGCAGCCGUUCCGAAGAACCGCACAGUGGUCAGUGGAACGGUGCAAACUGCUCCAUCCGCCGGCAAUCCGUACUUUGUCAGCCGAGCCUCCAAGGUAACCUCAGCAACCACGGCGAACGGCGGCGGCGGUGCGUCGAGCGAUGACGAGUACAUCGAGGAUGUCGUUUGCCAGGAUGCGGACAUCGGCGAGAACCAGAUGAAGCAGUGCGAAUUGGGCGAGGGCAAGGUUCUGUUGGUCCGCCAGCGCGGUAAGCUAACCGCGAUAGGCAACAAAUGUUCGCACUAUGGAGCUAUGCUGGUGACCGGGGCGCUCGGCGAUGGUCGCGUCCGUUGCCCUUGGCAUGGUGCCUGCUUCAAUGUGGAGACGGGAGAUAUCGAGGAUUUUCCCGGUAUGGAUUCGCUACCGUGUUACCGCGUGACCGUUGGUGAAGGUGGUGAGGUACGCGUACGGGCGAAACGUUCUGAACUGGCCAGCAACAAACGGACACGAUUGAUGGCACGCCGUGGAUCGGCCAGUGACGAGCGCACGUUUGUCGUGAUCGGUGGAGGUCCUUCCGGUGCAACCUGUGCGGAAACUUUGCGCCAGGAAGGGUUCACAGGACGUGUGGUAAUGAUCAACAAGGAGCCCUACCUACCGUACGAUCGCAUUAAGGUGAGCAAAGCGAUGGAUCUGAACGUGGAAAAGGUGUUGCUAAGAACGCAAGCCUUCUACGAUGGAAGCGACAUCGAGCUGCUGCUCGGAACGGCCGUUACGAAGCUGGACUCGACCGGCAAAGAGCUGACGCUCGACAACGGGUACAAGAUCAAGUACGACAAGGUGUACAUCGCGACGGGCUCGAACCCCCGGCGCCCUCCCAUCGAGGGUGCCAAUCUGCGUAACGUUGCCGUCCUGCGAACGGUGGAGGAUGCAAAGUCCGUCAACGGAGAGUUGAGCCCCGAGAAGCAGAUCGUCAUCCUGGGAACCAGUUUUAUCGGACUAGAGGCGGCCGCAUACUGCGUAGGAAAGGUGGCACGGGUGACGGUGAUCGGUCGUGGUGCUGUCCCGCUGAAGGAAUCGUUCGGUGAUGCCAUCGGCCAGCGUGUGAUGGAUCUGUUCCGGGAGAAGGGUGUCGAGUUUGUGAUGAACUCGGGCAUCAAACGUUGCAUCGAAGGUGAAGACGGUGCGGUGAAACAGGUGGAGCUGGUCGAUGGUACUCUGCUGGAUGCGGACAUUUGCAUCUUCGGUGUUGGUUCAACGCUGUACACCGAGUUUCUAGCCAACUCGGGCAUUCCGCUCAACCGUAACGGAUCCAUUAACACCGAUCAGCAUCUGGAGACGGAGGUGCAGGGUGUGUACGCCGGUGGUGAUGUCGCUAAUUCACCCGUCCUCUCGAACGAAGGCCAACCGGCAACGAUCGGCCACUAUCCGCUGGCCCAGUAUCAUGGGCGAAUUGCCGCGCUUAACAUGGUCGGUAAGGUAACGCCACUGCAAACCGUACCCUUCUUCUGGACGGUAUUGUUCGGAAAAUCGUUCCGCUACUGUGGCUACGGAACACCCGAGGAAGUUAUCAUCGAUGGCGAUCUGGAGGCGCUGAAGUUUGUCGCGUUCUACAUCGGUAAAGCGGGGCGCGUCAUUGCGAUGGCCUCGUGUCAGCGUGAUCCCAUCGUGGCCCAGUUUGCUGAGUUUUCAUCACAAGGCAAAGUAUUAAACAAAAGCGACAUCACGGCAAAUCCGUUCGGAUGGACCACCGACCUGACCGGACCAACGACGGUGUAACCAAGGGGGCGCAUCCGAGGACCCUUUACGUGCACGUUGCCAUCGUUACCGUUUGUGUAUGACACACUCACUGAUGACCAAGCGCGCACGCCACAAAACACAACCACCAUCCACAACUUAUUUAAGUGCAUUGUUAAUGGAAACGCUAGGCGUUCAAUAAAACCCUACUGUGCUAAUAUUUA